UUUUUUUAGAAAAUAUUUUUUAUAUGAAUGUCAAGAAGAAAAAAUCAAUUAUCGAAUGCCCUUGCUGUUUAUUUGAAUUUGAUCAACUUCACUGGCUAAUUGCUCAUUUGAGGGAAAUUAAAAAUGGGUGUUUUGGUGCUGAUUUGGAGUUAAAUGAUUCUGAAUUAUUUGGAUGUAAAUUUUGUUUAAUACCUUUACAAACGGCAAAUGAAUUGGCUAAUCAUUUGGAGAUUUGUCUUGCUGCGAAUAAUUUAAAGAAGGAAGAGCCAAUCUGUUUAAAUGAGGUUUGGAAUUUCUUUUAA